AUGGCAGCCCCAUCUUGCCCACCUGUCUCUCCCCAGGAGCAGACGUCCAACUUCGCCCUCCAGCAAUACCUCGUCCUGCACUCCCAACACGAGGAGCUCCGCCAGCACCUGGACCAGAUCAGGCCCAUGGCGACGUGCAACACGUCGCUCUCGUCGUCGCCGUCCGUGUCGCCGACCCGCAGCACCUACUCGCCCUUCGGGCAGUACCCCAACGCCUCGUCCGGCGGCGGCCGGAGGCACCACGGCCGCAGCAGGUGCCCGUCGCUCUCGGGGCCCAAGGCGCGGCGCAGCAGCUCGCUCGCGCCCAUCGCGGACGAGACGACCAUCUGGGCUGUGGCCGAGGAGGAGCGGCGCCUCUUCGACGUCAACGAGGGAAUGAAGCGGGCCUUGAUGGAGCUCCUCAACUGCGAGCAGGUGCGGAGCGACAGCUCGUUCCGCAUGUGGGUGCAGUGCCGCCUGAUGGACACGGAAAAGGAGUUGCGUUCCGAGCGGCGACGCAAAAGCGCCCCGUGA